CACUCUCACUCCCCCACACAAACUUGUUCCAAAUAUACGAGUCUUUCUUUGCUCAUCACAACCAAUAUGGCAGCCUCACUACAAACAGCAGCCACUCUAACAACCAAGGUGGGCAUGCCGGCCCGGGGGGGCGGCGGCAGCCUGCAGCUGAGGUCCGCGCAGGCGGUUUCCAAGGCCUUCGGCGUAGAGCCCGCCGGUGCUCGGCUUACUUGCUCUCUCCAAUCUGACUUCAAGGACUUGGCUCAGAAGUGCGUUGAUGCCACCAAGAUUGCAGGAUUUGCUCUUGCAACUUCUGCCCUUGUUGUCUCGGGAGCGAGCGCAGAGGGAGUUCCAAAGCGCCUGACCUACGACGAGAUCCAGAGCAAGACAUACUUGGAGGUCAAGGGAACCGGAACAGCGAACCAAUGCCCGACCAUCGAUGGUGGCGUCGACUCCUUCGCCUUCAAGGCCGGCAAGUACAACGUCAAGAAGCUCUGCCUCGAGCCAACAUCCUUCACUGUUAAGGCCGAGAGCGUGAACAAGAACGCCCCUCCAGAGUUCCAGAACACCAAGCUCAUGACACGACUGACCUACACCCUCGACGAGAUCGAGGGCCCAUUUGAAGUCGCCAACGACGGCACUGUCAAGUUCGAGGAGAAGGACGGCAUUGACUACGCUGCAGUCACAGUGCAGCUCCCAGGAGGCGAGCGCGUGCCGUUUCUCUUCACCAUCAAGCAGUUGGUUGCCUCAGGCAAACCCGAGAGCUUCAGCGGGGAGUUUUUGGUCCCGUCGUACCGUGGAUCAUCUUUCUUGGACCCAAAGGGACGUGGUGGGUCGACCGGGUACGACAACGCUGUGGCAUUGCCGGCUGGAGGGAGAGGAGAUGAGGAGGAGCUGACCAAGGAGAACAUUAAGAAUACGGCUUCCUCAACAGGGAAAAUCACCCUGAGUGUGACCAAGAGUAAACCGGAGACCGGUGAGGUAAUUGGUGUGUUUGAGAGCGUUCAGCCUUCUGAUACUGACUUGGGAGCCAAGACUCCUAAGGAUGUCAAGAUCCAGGGGAUUUGGUAUGCUCAGCUUGACUCGUAGAUUAUGAUGAUCAUGAUCAUGAUGUAUUUAAGGAUGUUGAUCGGUUCAGAUUUUUGCUUAUUAUUAUUAUAAGUUUUUAUUCAAGGCAUUUGGAUGUGCUUAAAUUAACUUUUGCUUUGUUAAUGUAAAACCAAACUCAAGGAACGCAAUGAGGACAUGUUAUGUUGAUGUAUAUUAGUUUAUCA